UGUCCUUACUAACUUUGGGCAGCAGGUUUGUUGCAGAGCCCAGACAGCUUGGUUCCUGACGGAGACAAAGGUCUGCACAAGCCUGAACUUCUGAGCUUUGGGGUAAAAUGACAGUAGGUUAGAGAGGGGAUAUGUAGUAGGUGGUUUGAGAAGGCUGUACCUUCCUAGUACUUAGCAAUGGGAAAAGGAAGAAGUCGACGUGCGGGCGGGAGCUUGGGAUGAGGCUGCGCCCUCCGAAAUCGCGAGAGAGAAAAUCCCGAGAGCGUGUGCCCCGGUGGAGUCUCCCUCCUUAUUCGAAAAAAGUUUGAAGGACUCUUCUUUCUGGACAUAAACCUCUGGCGUUUGCGGAAUUCUACUGACAUUAGCCAGCACACACUUCUGGCUAAUCACUUCGAUUUCCCCGCUAACUCUUCUCUUCUGCCACAUCAGUUGCUGCACCUUCCUCACAACUACUUCCGCAUUCUGUUGCCACGGUCCCUUGCCUUCUGCUAGCGCCGUGAAGCAAUGCUAAAAAUCAAUCUGAUCGCUUCCCUACAACCACCGAGAAUCCUGCCCGGCGGACAAAAUAGCUGCUUGCCCUUUAAUUCUAAGCAUCGACCCGGCCUCGCGGGCAGCAGCCCUUAGGGAGCGACGAGUGAUUCUUUCCUAGAAGCAGUAUCCCAAGUCCGGCUCCCGCCUGUAGGCCGGGGCAGGGCAAUGGCGUUCGGCGCCGCUCGGAUACGCCCGGCGCCUGUCGGGCCCUUCGGUCCCGCUCCUUCUCUCUCAGGCUCGCUCCGGGGCGGGGCUUCCCCGCGGCGCUACCGGGUGCAGCGGGGGCCGCGGGAGCGCGCACGGGGCCUGGCUGCUGUGUGAGCCGUACACGUUGGCACCAUGACUGGCUUUGAAAAGAGCCUGCACCAGGACAUGGUUUCUCAGCUGCAUGGCUUGGCUGCUGCGGGAGACACAGCCGGUCUGAAGGCACUGCUCAGGCGCUCCCCGUCACUAGUCAAUGCGGCCGCAGGGAAUGGCUGGACGGCCCUCAUGUACGGCGCUAGAAAUGGACACCUCGAGGUUGUGCAGGUUCUUCUUCAAGAAGGGUGUGAUAGAUCCAUCAUUAAUAAAUCAAGCCAGACAGCUCUGGACAUUGCUAAAUUUUGGGGGUACAAACACAUAGCUAAUUUGUUGGCUAAUGUGGAAGGUGAUAAGAAACCUAGUUUUUUGUCAAAUGAUCUAAAAGAAUAUGAAAAUUAUUUUGGCACGACGCUUCUGGAUAGAAGGAGUGAUAAAAGAACAGAUUCCAAGUGGCUAAGUAAAAAACAAAGCCAUCCAGACACAGUAUACAUCCUCUUCUCAAAUCUAAGUCCCUUAGUUACUUUGGGUAGGGGAAGAGAGAGCUCACAGCAACCAGAAGUAAAGCUUUGCAGGCUAUACCACAAGGAUGUGGAACAGUGCAUGAACCAAACUGAAGAAUGUACCUUGAUUUUUCUUGGAGUGGAACUUCAGUUUAAUGUGAACCUGAUGGCUGCUUGCCAUGGAAGAGUUCUGCAAGAAGAUGAAGAAGAUGGAUUAGUUGCUUGGUUUGCUCUUAGCAUAGAUUCGGCUUCUGCUGAAAAAUUUAAACAGAAGCAUGAGGGUUGUUACUUUCUUCACCCACCGAUGCCUGCACUACUGCAGUUACCUGAAAAAGAAGCUGGAGUAAUAGCCCAGGCGAGAUCUGUUCUAGCAUGGCACAACCGCUACCGAUUCUGCCCAACAUGUGGGAGUGCAACCAAGAUUGAAGAAGGGGGUUACAAGAAAACUUGCUUAAAAGAAGAUUGUCCCAGUCUCCAAGGAGUUCACAACACGUCAUAUCCAAGAGUUGAUCCUGUUGUGAUAAUGCAAGUUAUCCAUCCAGAUGGGAAUCAUUGCCUUUUAGGUAGGCAAAAGAGGUUUCCCCCAGGAAUGUUUACCUGCCUUGCUGGAUUUGUAGAACCUGGCGAAACCAUAGAAGAUGCAGUUCGAAGAGAAGUAGAGGAGGAGGCUGGAGUCAAAGUUUCCUAUGUUCAGUACGUCUCUUGUCAGCCAUGGCCAAUGCCCUCCUCCCUAAUGAUUGGCUGCUUAGCUUAUGCAGUGUCCACAGAAAUUAAAGUUGACAAGAAUGAAAUAGAGGAUGCCCGCUGGUUCACGAGAGAACAGGUUGUGGAAGUUCUCAUUAAAGGAAACCAGCGUUCUUUCUUUGUACCACCAAAUCGAGCAAUUGCACACCAGUUGAUAAAACAUUGGAUUGGAAUGAAUGCUAAUCUUUAAUUCAAAUAUUUGAUUUCUUUAAGUUACUUCUUCUAUUGAAUGAUUAGUUAGGAAUAAAUUAGAACUGUUUGUCUUGUGAAUAUGCAACGAGGUGAUUUUCUGAGCCUUUACAUUGGUUCGGGAGCUCACCUAUGCGAAUUUUUGUAGGUGUUUUCCAUCCUGAAUUAGAUUUGGACAAAACCCAAUAAUCAUCCCAAGCAAGCAGGGGAGCAACAAAUAAGUAGAAUUGUUGCCUUGUUCAGUACAGGCUGUGCUUUUUGUUGUAGAAUGAAAUUAUUAUGCCUUUUGCUCUUACACUUUUUAUGUUUCAUUUGGUCUUCUCCCACUGGAAGGAGUCACAGCAUUAUAGAGGGCUGUCUGUCCUUGUCUGCUGUUUGAAUUCUCUGCUUACGUCCUCAUACUUGGCCUUAAUUAUUUCUUUCUCAUUUUUGCCUCUCUCCAUUCUUUGAAUUUGACUUGUCACAGAAUCUACAUUCAGUGCUGAAAGCUUUACCAGCUAUAGUUGUUUUAAGGUUAAUGGCAUAUGUAAAUAGUGAAUAUGUGGUACUUCGUAUCUUUUACAUUAAUAACCUAACUUAUAUUAAUACUCCAAGCAGAGCAUUUACUCAUCCGUUCUGACUAGGUCUGCACUUACCCAAUUGUAUGUCAGCCUGAAUUUAAAGGUAUAGCACAAUACUUUGUUUUUGAAAAGAAUGUUGGAGAACCAUCCCCGAAAGCCUAAAUAGUAGUGUUUUUAUAAGAUAAUAAUGUAGUUACUGAUGCUAGGCUAUGAGUAAUUUCAUUCUCUGAUAAUUAGAAAUGAAGUUACAGAGUAAUGGAGAAGGAAGAACAAGGCAUAUCUCAAAAUAUGCACAUAGUUCUUUAUGGAAAUAGAGAUGCUAAGAUUGUUACUGCUAUUAAGAAUCAGUUGAAAGAAGUAUAUUAACUGCAGCUAUAAGACUGGGAUAGCAAUAUGUUAAUUAAAGUAUUUAUUUAUGUGGUUUUAAUGCUACAGUUCAGAUUUGUUCCUUAAUUUAUCAAGUUAUUUAAGAUAAUGUUGAUAUUUUAAAAAUAAAAGUAUACUGUUUUAUUAUUAAUUUCAUUAUGUAAUAGUUCAUAGUCUUAUAUUCUGCAGUCAUUGCAGUGAUAUCAAAAGAAAUGUAAACAACCUGAGGAAAUGUCAAUUAUAAUGGCAAAUGUAAACUUACUGUUAUAUGAUUUGUUUAUUUGGAGUAAUUUAAAUUGUUUUAACAGUGAAUGGUGUUACAUUUUUUCCAAAAUUCUCAGCAAUCAGUAAAACUGUUGUACAAAUCCUGAUUAUUCUUUUUUCCCCCUAUCUAUGUUACACUAUGCUCAUCAGUUUUCAUUGUUUUUUGGUAAGGCCUUUCCUAAGCAGUACUUUAAGCAUUCCUGACAGACUUGCAGUAUUUGAAAUGUUAUGUUGCUUCAUUCUCUCUCCUAUUUCAGCCAUACCUACGAAUAAAGACAAUCAGGUUAUCUCUUGGGUUGUCUGGCAAGGAGAAGGAAACAAUACACUGCUUCCCUUAAAAAUUGCUUUUACAGAGAAGGCAAGUUGUGGAAAGCUGUCAUAGGCCAUACAUACAGCAGGACUUCAUGGUAACAGUGGCAUAAAUCAGUUACAUGUUGCUCAUGGAGUAAAGGAGAAUAUUGGAAAGUAUGCAAAAAGUGGUGGAAGCUAAGCAGUGAAAGGAAGUUUCAGCUCAUACUGUGGUGAUUACAUUUAGAGAGAUGAGCAACAAAGGAAUGAGGAGCAGAUGGAAGAGGGAAGAUAAAUCACAGAGCAAAUAUAGGUAGCUUACAAGUAACUAGUUUAUCACUUUGAGGUAAUUAAAUGUACAUGACUAAGACCAAUUGGAAUACUAGUUUUUUGUGUAGAAAAUUAUGGUGAGUUGCUAUAGAGAUGUAGUUCUAACAGUGAAACUCCAAACACAGUAUCCCUAAUCUGCAUAAUUUUUUUUUUUUAGAAUCUGUAUAACAGUAUAUAUCUGCAAUUACAAUGCUAGUAAGUAAAUUGAAAAAGUUUACUUUCCUACAUCAAGAAAAACAGAAAAAAAAUCUUGUGACAAAGGGAACAGUGCUUAAAUAAUCUCUGAUUUUGAGAGUAAUAUUUUAUGGAUCUUUCAAGUCUAAUAACAUCAGUGUGUCAAUGAUUUUGAGUCUUUAUACAUUUUCAAAAUCUAAGCCAGGCUUUUGAAAAAGCUUUUGAAGCUAUAAUUUCCUUUUUUCCUCAUCAAUGGAAGAUCUGUUUGCAGGGAAGAAGAGAAAUCUCUCUUGCUUAAGAAAACUACUUAGAUAAAUUUAAUCUCUUUAAGGAAAGAUUUUUAUUUAAGGAAAGAUUUUUUUGGUAGCUUUUUAUUGCUUUAUUUGCCCUGUUUGUAGGUCAAGGUUUGAAUUUUAGUUUGAAGAUUCCUAUAUAUUUUCUGAAGGACAGUUACUGUUUGCAGUUUACAAAGGAAAUGUCAAAUUGAAGAGGAAAAUGCUGUGGUUAUCUGGCAACUACAGCAGUUUAAGAAAGUGCCAUAUUAAAUUUAGAAGCAAUUGAACAGAGUGUAGUGGUUCUGACUGGAGUAUUGUGUGGGCAACAGACGCAGAAGAUCUCAAUUGUUUGACUUACCCAAAAGAUAGCAGCAGCUUUGGAAGCAGGCUGUUUCUUGCCACAGAGUUAAUACCACACCUUAAGAGAAUAGUGUUACUUACAAAACUGGUCUUUUUUGCGCUGUGAAAAAUGAUCUCUCUCUUUUCUCCCUUGCUUGUACAAGGCUAUCAGACCAAAAAGAGUACUCAUGACAUCAGAUGUACAAGGCAGAAAAUUCUGGAGAUACCUUUUAUCCCAGUCUGCCUGUGUACUAAAGAGAACUGCCUUCUAUUCAGUAUGUAAUUUGAAAAUAUUACCUAUUUUAUCUAUUUUUUAUAAUUCAUAGAUAUUAGAAAUAGUAGCUUAAUAAAGCAGAAAAAGGUAAUUAGGUUUUUGAACACACACCAAAAUGGAUACUUCUAACAAAACUGUAAUCUCAUGCAAUGUAAUGGCAUUUCAUGAAAGUAUAGUACUGGUUAUCGUAUUUUUACCAACUUUGCAUUUGUCUCAAUAAACAUACUUCUUUUAA